AUGGCUCAUCCUGCUCGUCCACUACCCAGGCGGCCAACGUCGCCACAGGCCUCUGCCCAGGAUUUCCGACAGAGCAUAUGGCAACUGGACGGAUUUCUGUUUGCCUACGACGACGACCCUAUGAUAUGCAAUGCUGAUAUUCGCAAGGUCUUGGAAGAGCCUACUUUCAUGCCGGGAAAGAGAAUCCGUGAGAAUGAUGAGCACCUGCGCUUCCGUACCAAUCUACGCGUGAUAUUCGAGGCUGCGAACCACUUCGAGCUGUACUCGAUGGCCAAAAACUUUUGGUCUAGGCUGAGUGAUACUCUUCAAUUCAGCCCCGCCGUAUCACCCUGGAACUUGAAGGACGUCGUCAAUGCCUAUUGCGCCGGGCGUGAAGCAUACUGCAGAGCCAAGCACAUCAGGGGUGAGCGCCAGCCCGACUUCGACAGCACGAACCGUCUGGCAGCUCUGGCGGAUUCUUUGGCGCGCCGGCCUAAACCUAACGGGUUCAUUGUAUCGGAAGCUAGGUGGACGCCUCUGGAGUCGACAUGGGGACACGAGAAGGGCAGAAUCUUUGCGGAUCUUGGAGUUCACUACAACCAGUUGCGGACUGGGAGGUGUGCACCGGAACUGAGGUCUGACGCACCACACUCUCUUGCUUCCCGAAUCACGGAAUCUCAAAGCUAUCGUCCAAGCCAUUCUGAACCGCGCCGCGACUCCCGUGGUUAUGAUACCCCCACCUCCGUAUCACGCAGUCCUGACGAUCUGGGCCCUGGAUUCUUUAAGCCGGAUCCAACACGUGAACUACAGAUCAAGGGACUUGCACAGCACGAAGGGCAAACUAGCUCAACUGUGUCAGUAAACCACGACCGCAGGCAGGGUAGCGCUCGUCUCAGCGAUACUGGAUCAAAGAAACACACCGGAGAUCCCCUUCCCCCACAGCCAUCGUUGUCCGGUGUUUCCCCCAUUCAGAGCGCCGAAAAACCUGCAACAUCGGAAGCACGUCAGGAUCAAAAUGGUGUGAACUCACGGAAGCGAACUCAUUCUGAUGCCGUGGGAGAGGAACGGCCGUCACUUGAGCGCAAUAAUUCUGGCAACAUCGCUCAGCAAGGAUCUAGAGCACCCGACACUAGUGCACCAACCGCUGAAGCCGAUGCAUCUUCGAAGCGUCCAUGUCUAGAGGGCCCAGAGUUGACUAGCCCGCUGCCUGAGACUAUAAUUGGUCAUAAUGCCGUGGCUAAGAAGGGAUCCAAGGCCGCUGCUGUAACUCCGUCCGUCAGUUCAAACCUGGGACCUAUACAUGAAAAUCAGCUGGACGAGAACACCGAGUAUGAGAAAGGCAAGCCUAGAGAGGAGCUACGCAAUGACGAUGCGCCCAUGGAAAUUAACUCUACCGAAAACAACACGCCAGCACCGAGACCUGAGCUACUUGAAGCAGCAUGUACGUCCAUACACAGCGAUCAAGCCCGAAGUAUGAAUCCAUCAUCGCAGCAAUCGAACAUCUCUGUCACACUUGGUGGCCAGAGAGGGGAAACGAUACCAGCCGCAAGGCUCCCUGCGUCACAGCAGAUGGAGAGCCAUACAGAGUCGAUAAUACUGCAGAAGGAUCAUGAACAAGAACGCGGCAGUACGGAUGCCGUUCGAGACCUCCUGAUCAGUCUUGAGAAACGACAGAAACGCCUUGAGGAGAUUGAAACAUCCAUGCAGGCGUGGCAAGCAAAGCUCAAUAAACGAGCAUCGGACCAAGAGCAAAUUGAAAAACUUGAAACACGUGUCCAACUACUGACCGAUCAACUCGCCGGCUAUGAGCACAAGCAAGUUGAGGAGUUCGCCCUAGUUGGCAAAGGGUUCAAGGGCCUGAGAGACCAACUCUCUAUCAACAAGCAACGAGUUGAUCACCUGGAGGCCGGUAUUAGGAACCUUGAGCAAAACCCGGCCCAUGGAGACACCGACGGUCGUCGUAUCGAUCAUUUUGAGAGCCGAGUCAAAGAUCUGGAACGCUACAGAUCAAUUGAUAAAGAACGACUUGAAACCACAUAUUCCUUGACUCGAGAUCACUCAGUCAAAAUCGGCCAGGUCAGGGAGAUCCAAAGCAAGAUUACCUUGGCUACGAAUCAUAUAAAUCGCCUAGAGACGAGAUUCAUUAAUCAGCAAAAUUUAGUCCAGACCGAAGUCAACAUUGCAGAAGAAGUACGAAGAACACACUCGAACAGACUCAAUCUUCUCGAUACUUUUGCCAAGGACAUUCAGGACCAAGUCAGGGGGUUAAACAAGGCCCAGACAGCGCCAGUCGACCGAAUCGGCCCAGUGGAGUCCAUAGUGAAAGAACUCCAAGAAGUAGUGACUAAGCGUUCCGCCGAAUUCGAUAUCGCUAUGAAAGGAGUUCAGGAUCAGCAAGAGUCUGAGAUCAAGCGAGUGGAUUCCGUGGAGGUUCAGCUAAAGAAAUUGCAACAAUCAUCCACGAGCCACCACACGGAACAGCAUAUUCCAGGCACUCUGAUGGCGUUAGUGCAUGAACUACAGGAAAAGGUCAACCAACCAUGCCCCGAAAGCUCUCGUAUGGAUGCCGUGGAGAAAGCGUUCAAAGGAAUUGAGGAGAAAUCGAAGAACAAGAUCUCUGACAAGCGUUUUGAGACUGUCGAAAAGACCGUGAAGGAGCUGAAGAGCCAACUUGGCCAAAAUGCUAUGAAGAAGCGAAUGGACACUCUGGAGUCAGAUCUGAAAGGCGCGAUGGCUAAAAUACUGCAGCAAGCCUCAAAAGAGCGAGUUGAUGGCAUUGAGACACUCGUCAAUGAGCUCAAGACUGAAAUCACCAAUUAUAUGUCCCAGGACCAGACGUCUCGUGCCUCAGAUAGUGUCACGGCAGAGCUUUGUGAUGUUCGGGACUACGUCGAUCGCAGCUUGACCAUGACAUCCAUGGCGAACCAAAAGCGACUGCUUGAAUUUCAAGAGGUGCUCGACGGGAUGCAAGACAAGCUCACCCAGCGUUCCGAGAACACUUCACACAACGCGGCCAUUGAAUCUCAGCUUGCGGACCUUGGGAAGCAGCUGGAUGAGCUGCGGGAGCGGUCGGCGUUCAGGAACGAAACGCCCCGGAGACUACUCUCGCCCUCGAUAUCGGAUCUCGAGUCUCUGACUGGACAGCCCGAGACCAAGACCUUCCUCGAUGGCGUGGUCUCGGAGAUGAGAAAGCUUCGUGGUGUCCUCAAGAACAGGAUCCAGGAUCUGGACGCCUCUGGCGCGCCCGAUGAUGAUAAGAAGCUCGCAAUAUCGGACAUCUCGUAUGAGUUGGCGAAGGUCAUUCGUUACACCAACAAACUGACCAAAGAUUUGUGA